AGACAGACUGAGGGUAAUGCAUUGUGUUCAGUGGAUCAGUCCUGCACUCAGCGCUGUCAGAGUGAACAAACCCAGCGGAUAGGUGGCCUGGAUCGGUUCUGCUGCAGGAGGAGAGAGAAGCGGAGGACUCGAUCCGUCAGGGACGGGCUGGACGUCAGCUUCUCCUCCGUCUCUAACAGCUCCGUGUCUGCAGGGGAGGGGGGGGAGUAAACAAGGGGCAUCAGCUGCACCUUUCUAACCUGAAGGCCGGAGAGAAAAGCCCCGCAGACAUGCCCGGCUUCGACUACAAGUUCCUGGAGAAGCCGAAGAGGCGCUUCCAGUGUCCGCUCUGCAGCAAGGCGAUGCGGGAGCCCGUCCAAGUGUCCACCUGUGGACACCGCUUCUGUGACACCUGUCUGCAAGAAUUCCUCAGUGAGGGUGUCUUCAAAUGUCCAGAGGACCAACUGCCAUUAGACUAUGCCAAGAUCUACCCAGACCCAGAGCUGGAGCAGCAGAUUCUGGCGUUGCCCAUCCGCUGCAUCCACAGCGAAGAGGGCUGCCGCUGGACCGGACAGAUGAAGCAGCUGCAGGGCCACUUCUCCACCUGCGCCUUCAACGUGAUACCGUGCCCCAACCGCUGCUCCGUCAAGCUGACCCGCCGUGACUUACCGGACCACCUGCAGCACGACUGCCCUAAACGCAAGGUCAAGUGCGAGUUUUGUGGCAGCGAGUUUACCGGCGAGGCUUACGAGAACCACCAGGGUGUGUGUCCUCAGGAGAGCGUUUACUGUGAGAAUAAAUGUGGGGCGAGGAUGAUGCGUCGCCUGCUGUCCCAACACAGCAUGGCCGAGUGUCCCAAACGCACACAGCCCUGCAAGUACUGCGGAAAAGAAUUUGUGUUCGACACAAUCCAGAACCACCAAUAUCACUGCCCACGCUUCCCUGUCCAGUGUCCAAACCAGUGCGGCACUCCUAACAUCGCCCGGGAGGACCUGGCCAAUCACGUGAAAGACAACUGCGGCAAUGCGCUUGUCCUCUGUCCCUUCAAAGAUGCCGGCUGCAAACACAGGUGCCCUAAACUGGCUAUUGGCCGUCACCUGGAGGAGACCACCAAGUCCCACCUUACCCUGAUGUGUAACUUGGUUGGACGCCAAAGGCAAGAAAUUCUAGAGCUGCGAAGAGAGAUGGAGGAGCUGUCGGUCAGCCAAGACGGUGUCCUCAUCUGGAAACUCAGUGACUACUCUCGCAAACUGCAGGAAGCCAAACUCCGGAGCAACCACGAGUUCUUCAGCCCGCCGUUCUACACUCACCGCUACGGUUACAAACUGCAGGUGUCAGCUUUCCUGAACGGCAACGGCAGCGGCGAGGGCUCCCAUCUGUCCGUCUACAUCCGCGUUCUACCGGGGGAGUACGACAACCUACUAGAGUGGCCGUUCUCCUACAAGGUGACGUUCUCCAUCCUGGACCAGAGCGACCCGUCUCUUUCCAAACCUCAGCAUAUCACAGAGACCUUCAACCCCGACCCCAACUGGAAGAACUUCCAGAAGCCCAGCAGCAGCCGCAACUCGCUGGACGAGAGCACCCUGGGCUUCGGCUAUCCCAAGUUCAUCUCACACGAAGAAAUCAAGAAGAGGAACUACAUCCGAGACAACUGCAUCUUCAUCAAGGCUUCUAUAGAUAUUCCCCAGAAGAUAAUGGGUUAAGAUCCAUUGUUUUUAUUUUUUGUUAUGAAGGAGAAAGAAAGGUUAAAGACCAGAACUGAUAAUUAACCUUAAAAACUUCAAAACAUUUACCCUUUAUAUACUUCCUGCCCUCACAGCCUCUCCACCCCGGAGCUUAAAGGGAGUCUGGUUGUACGAGCUGACUUUAAGGAACUAGAGGGGAAAUGUUUGGUCUGCAGAACUGUCACUCGUUGACUUUUCGUUUUUUAUUUGAGUUUCUUUAUGUUUGCUGACCUUGUAAUCGCCCUCUACAAUGUAAAGCCUUUGAAAUCAAACAGUGCCUAGAGUGUUUAUCUUGAGUUAUACUUUAAUUUUUUUUUUUCUGCAGUACCAACCUAAACAAAUGUGGUAAUGAUGUAGAAAUAAGGGGCAUCUGUAAGCUAAAAGAAGCUCUGGAAAAGUUCAAACAUUCUCCAUUGAAGAUGGAACCAAGCUGAUUAAACCUCAUGCCCACAUACCUUUUGUUUACAUCCCAGUAUACUCCUCGAACAAACCCACAGAUCCUGGAAGAAAUGAAAAUGGAUAAAUAAAUAAAUUGGUUAUUACAUUUUUUAAAAAUUAAACAUAAUAGAUAAUUUCAUUUAAAAAUGUGCUUACAAUGAAACCUACGCCGGUUACUAUCUAUGAUAAGAAAAAGAAAAGCCAGAACCCAGAAAAACUGAAUUUUUUUGUAUUUUUUUUUAAAUGUUACAAAAGAAGAGGGCAUCAAAAACAAAAUACGCAACAAUACUAAACAUCUGUUGUUACCUUAGCAGAAACCAGAUAGCCCUCUCUUGUGUUGGUUCUAACCAGAGCUCGGAUCAUUUCAGGAGCCCUCUGAUUUACCAAACACAUCCUUAACUUUUAUAAUGGAGUUCUUACACUACCAAGAGCAGUUAAAGCACCUUUCAUCAGUCUCCUCCCAACAGUCUGAAUGCACGUGCAUUUAAGAGUGAAGGAAAAGCCAUGUGGCCUUUUACAUAGUUUGUCUUCGCAUGAGGGUUUUAAGGGUGAGCAGGGCAAACGCAUGCUUCCUACGUCAAAACCUGGCUCUCACCUUCUUUUUUAAUGUAAGAUGUAUUCUUGAAAUCCUCACUUGAUGACUAUUCUCUAACUUUUUUGUUACCAUUUAAAAGUUGACAACUGUCAAAAGUUAGCUUUUCAGAUUUUUUUUUUUUUUUUUUUUUUUACUAAAAUGUGAACACCCUUGGUGGUAUAACCUAUAAAGACGAUGAACAUUUGGAUUAAAUGUACUGUUUUACACACAUGGGGAAUAAAAGGUGUUAAGAUGCUUGGUGUGAAGGACUGACUGCAUCUCUGACAUCAUCACUGCUGACACCUCAGCUCAAAGGGACAAUGUUGAGCAGCCCUUUGCUGGACACCCGUUUCCAUCAAAGCACCACCAGGACCUAAGAGGACUUUGAUGACACGGUUUACUUAUGAUAUAUGUGAAUACUGAUGUAAGAACGCAGAAGCACAUUCUGUCUUUUUAUUAUUCCACAUGGAGGGGGGAGGGAUUCUUGAUUUCUUGUCAUGAUACCAGCUGAUAUUUUACAGUGACAUGAGAAAGCAAGGAGAUAAAAACCCUUUUUUGUAAGAUUCUGUAUUUUUAAAGAUGCUUAAAUGUUUUAUACAAACUCUUUAUGUUGGAGAGUCGGGGUUGACUUUGGGAGUUUUCAGACCCAUUCGUCUUUUGAACAUUUGGUAAUUUGUUUGUCUGUGUGGUUUGAGCCUGUUCUCUCUGUAUUAUUUCCUCUUAAAAAGUAUUUAUUUUAAGGAGCCAUCUUGAGUUUAGACUGAUGGCACAAAUGUUUUAAUAUGUUGCUUAAUGAGUGCUUGUCAAUUUCUUAUCUGAAAUAAAAUACCAUAU